CGAUUUUCCCUCAAAAUCUAUAAACCAAUGCGUAAGAGAAUCAGAAGAGAUACCACUGGUAGAUUCUGUAACGAACAAUCUUACAAAGCUCAAACUCUCAAAAACUGCAACAAAGAUCAUUAAUCCAACUCCCACAAACAUAAAGAAAAUAAAAAAUCUACAUCCCAAUUUUGUGUUAUCCUUAAUCUUCAUCACCACUCAUUCCCAUUUCCCACCUCCUUCCCAUAAAAUGCCCUCCAUUGCUUUAACUAGAACAGCGCCGCCAAGACCGCCGUGCGUCAGCCUCUCCUCUUCCACCUCUCCAUCCGCCUCCGCCGCAGCUCCUAGAAAAAGACCCAAUUUUUGCUUCUCUCUAUUGGGUUUCAAGCCGAAACGCUUCCAUUUUCUGAAGCCAUGUUCUUCACUAAGAGAAACCAAGAAAUCACAGCAGCAAACACUCCCCAAGACUCCCAACACAGCUCCACAGAGCCUUAGGAGAUUCUUGAAUUUCAACCCCAGGAGCGAGAAUGAUGAGAAUAGGGACGGCGAUGCGGCGGAGGAGGAUGGCGGAAGCGGAGACGACGCUGGCGCGAUUAAAGGCACAAUCUUGGCUGGGCUUCUGCUUGUGGGCGUCGUUGGUGGAUUUGGGGUUGUUGGGUAUGUGUACAGAGAGCAGAUCAAUGCUUUCUUGACCCAGUUUUCUGGCUUCAUUGAAGGUUACGGUGCAGCUGGAUAUGCCCUUUUCGUUGCAGUUUAUGCCGGGUUAGAAAUACUUGCAAUACCAGCCAUUCCAUUGACUAUGUCCGCCGGUCUUCUUUUCGGCACGUUUACUGGGACCAUUAUCGUCUCUAUUAGUGGCACAGUGGCAGCCAGCGUUGCAUUCCUAAUUGCCAGAUAUUUUGCUCGUGAACGAAUUCUAAAGCUAGUCAAAGGAAACAAGAAAUUUCUUGCAAUAGACAAAGCUAUUGGGGAAAACGGUUUUAAGGUUGUUACUCUUCUCCGUUUGAGUCCGCUGCUUCCAUUCUCUCUUGGAAAUUACCUCUAUGGACUUACAUCAGUCAAGUUCGUUCCAUAUGUCUUAGCAAGUUGGUUAGGUAUGCUCCCUGGAACAUGGGCGUACGUGAGUGCUGGCGCGUUUGGUCGAGCAAUACUUCAAGAGGAGUCUGGGGUAGGAGGGUUAAGUGGAGGGAACGGUCAGCUGUGGACACUCGGGAUUGGGCUAUUAGUGACAGCGUUCGCAGCAACGUAUGUAACACGACUGGCCAAGGAUGCCGUGAAAGAUAUCGAGUAAAGAAGCAUCAAAAUAUUGAUAGAUGAACUGUAAAUUGGGUACUAAUUCAUAAAAAAAAAAAAUUAUGUACCGCUCUCUCUAUAUAUCUUCUCUUAAAUAAGGGAGAUAGAUAAAUUGUUGUGCCCUAUGACGGUGUAUCAUCAUUUUUCCACAUUACCUUUUUAUUAGCAUGAGGAGUCUUGGAUGAGAUUCAUCUCAAGAUUCGAAAAUCAAAUUCAAUCA